UGAACGCUCCGCCAGGCAAAGACCAGAACCCAAAGUGGGACAGAACCGACCUCACAGACUUGGAGAGAGUCCUGGAGAGACCUGCAGGUUUUCAAGUCCCUCUUUUGGAUUAUUCCCUGAGGACAGAUUGAGGACAUGGACGAACUCUGAUACUGAAUCAGUUGAAGGUGAGAGACGAAUCUGCCUGUACAUGUUUCAGGGUCCAGGUGAUCUCUGUGAGCCCGUCCUGGGUUCAGUCUGCUGAUGGAGCCUCGGCCCACAGCGUUACCAUGGAAACACUGCAUCCACCUGACUCUGCUGCUGGUCCAGCUGAGUCUACCUGGAGUCGGAGCUUCCUGUCGGAUCCUGAGGUGUAACUCUGACUUUGUGGCUGCGACGUUGGACCUGGGCAGCAGCGGGGCUGGAGGAGGUGCAGGAGGAGGUGCAGGUGGUGCAGUAGGAGGAGCAGCUCUCAGCAGGGAGGCCGUGAACGCUGGUUACUGCAGUGCCCUGCGCUCCUAUGCCAUGUGCACCAGGCGGAUGGCACGGGCGUGUCGUGGUGACCUGGCGUACCACUCUGCAGUUCAGGGCAUCGAGGACCUGCUCAUCCAGCACCGCUGCCCCCGGGCGGGGCCCACCGUCCAGCCGCGGCCCCCGCCUCAGGGCACACUGUCGGGGGACGCCUGCCUCUAUGAGAGGAGCCUGUUCUCCAGAGAGGGCCGGAUGCCAGAGUACCUGCACUGUGGCGUGUUCGGAGACCCACAUGUUCGGACUUUCAACGACGACUUUCAAACGUGUGCCGUGCAGGGGGCGUGGCCUCUCAUAGACAACGAGUACUUGUAUGUACAGGCCACCAGCGCGCCAACACGGGGGGCGGUGCAUGCCACAGCACUCACCAAGAUCACCAUCAUCUUUAAGAACUGGCGUCAGUGCAUUGAUCAGCAGCUGUACCAGGCCGAGCUCGACAACGUCCCCGCUGCAUUCGCCGAUGGGUCGGUGUUCAGUGGUGAGCGACGAGGUCAUCACAGCCUGAUGGUCCGGACUCAGAGCCCUGGCCGUCACGCAGAGAUCCGAGCAGCUCACAUCGGCACGCUGCUGGUGGUCCGCCAGAGCGGACGCUCGCUCGGCCUGUCUGUCCGCUCCCCGCGCGGCAUCGUCGAGGCCUUUGGGCCUGAGCAGGACCUGCAGCUGUGCGUGUGGGGCUGCCCCGCCUCCCAGAGACUCAACACGCUCCGCCCACCGCUGGACUACUCCUCAUCGUCCUCUGCCGCCGCCCAGGCUCACUGCGCUGCGCUACUUCCUGCCAGAGAUGUGUACUACCAGGCCUGCAUGUUCGACCUGAUCACCACCGGGGACCUGAACUCCAGCGCGGCCGCGGUCAGCGCGCUGCAGGACGCCAGAAACAUGAUCUCUGACACACACAGAGUUCACCUGCUGCCUGUCGCCUCUGCCGAGCGGCACCAAGCACCACUGGACCUGACGCUGCUGCUGCUGCUCAGCAUGCUGGGAACUCUAAGCACAGAGCUGUCUGUUUAACAUGUGAUGAACUGGACGAUGACAUCACUCCACACAGACACACCUGCAGUCACGCGACUGCAGCAGAUCCAACAUGGCGUCCUGAGCCGGUCAGAGACUUUCACCCACUCUGGUGUAACUGGGCCGGAUCUGAUCCUGGAUCAGAGCACGAGAUUUAAACUUUAACAUGAAAGACAGAAAAUUAGCUGCUGCUGAUUGAAACAUGCAGACGGAUAAUAAAACAAUAAAAUAUC